AUGACGCAACGGACCCACAAGCUAAAACUGGUCUCGCUACCACCCGAGAUCCUACACCUCAUCGCACAGCACUACAUCUCCGACCUCCCCCUCGCCACCGCUGCGGAGAACAACACCACCUCUCUACUCACCACCUGCACUCUUUUCCACGACCUGUUCUUGCCCAAGCUCUACUCUUCUAUUUGCAUUUACUCUAUUGAUCAACUCUCACGAUUCAUCUCUCCCACCUCAGGCUCGCAUCGCUACUGCCCAAUCUACACUCUGGAUAGCAUCACGAUCAACAUCCCUGGCGUACCCGGUGGAGGAGACGGCACAUCCCUAUUUGGCAACCCCGAAGGCAGUGCCUCUCGAUCACGCGAUCGACUUCUCCUCGCCUCACAAGCACUAUCCCUAUGCACCAACGUCGAAGAAGUCUCGUUGGAGUUCUUCAGCGUACGACAUUCCGAAAUCCUCACCACAGACGAGUUCCGCCUUACCGAAGCGUUGGCAUUCGAAAACGCAGUCAAGGGCUUACAACGAUCAAAGCGCUUCCGAUGGGCCCCACCGAGAUGCGACGCAAACGCAAUAAUGGGAUUGAGCAUCGUCAUUGUUGACCAAAUCAUUCCCUCACUCGCAAAAGGUUUGGUCGGGUGUGGGAAGCUAGAGACGCUGGAGUUGUGGAAUACAAUGCUUCCACUUACAGGCGGAGCUGACCUGGCGGAUUCCCUUAUUCACAUCUCUUCUUCCAGAAGCCAGUCUCGUUCUCUUAAUUUGAACCUCCGCUCGGUAACGGGACUGGAUCCGAAGACAGUCUCUAGUCUCGCUCUAGCUAGUCCGCCGAUCCGGGUCAACAUCGCCGACGGUUUUAUCGGAUCCAUCUGGGGCGCAAGGAUAGACAAGAACGCGGUAGAGGAAUGCAUUCGUGAUACACUGGAUCCUUCCGGUAGCAGUCGGAAUAGCAGCUUGGAUUCUUCGCCAAGCUCUUCGGAAGCUUCAAGUACUGCCACUAGCAGAGCUACCACCCCGGAGCUGUUGAUCCAAGAUACGCUGGCAAAGGCUAGUGAGAUGGUCAACAUUCGUGUCCUACAAGGUGGCAUCGCGGGUUCGAGAAUCCUUGCUCAUUAA